AUGGUGGCUGCCUUGUGCACCCACAGAGACCACAACGGGACCCCAACGCUAAGGGGUUUGCAUGAAGAUGAAGAGGAGGCGCCGCCAUUUCAUGCUGGGGCGAGCACCAUGGCUGGUGCCAGAGCUCCCCGAGGAGAGAAAAUCCCCAUCUGCCCGGGCGCUAAUUCACAGUCUGUGAGGGGCUCUGUGGGCCUUAAACCACCUUUGUUCAGUGCUGUCGCCCCUCGCGUUGAGCCUGGGCGUGAUGGCUCGCUCUUGUUUCUCGGAGGCAACGAAGUAAAGAGCAGCGCCGUGGUGAAAUACUCCUCUGCGCCCCCGCAGGCCGCCUUCGCCCGCCUGCAGGAGAAGACAGACCUGAAACUUCCACCCGCAAACUGGUUACGGGAAAGUGCCAAGCUGGGACCAGCCGGGACAACCAUUCUUGGCAACAACAAGAAAAGUAAACCCUUUUCAAGCUUUGGAAUGGCAUAUGACUUCAUUGACUCAGUUGGGAAUGAUGUGGAUGUUGUGUCUGAUUCAGAGAAUAUUAAAAAACUGCUCAAGAUACCCUAUAGCAAGUCACAUGUGAGCAUGGCAGUACAUCGCAUUGGGCGGACCCUCCUGCUGGAUGAGCUAGAUAUUCAAGAACUCUUCAUGAGAUCGUCUCAGACAGGAGACUGGACGUGGCUAAAAGAGUUUUAUCAAAGGCUGAUUGAUCAGAAGUGGCAACGAAAAAAGAAGAGUAAAGAGCACUGGUACCAGAAGGCUAUACUUUCCAAAUUUUUGUAUUACAGUAUUAAUGGUGAUGGAGCUGCUCAGCCUGUUCCUUCCGCUUCAGAACAGCACCAAGAUAGUCCUGUUUCAGGUGACAGUGAUGAAGCAGGACAGGCCUCCUGGCCAGCUCCCUUCGAAAUGCCUUCUUCAAUAUCUGAAGAUCCAGGUGCCUCAAAUCAGGGAAGUGUGCCUCUUGAACCCUCAUAUAUAGUGGGGCAUGUGGCCUCAGCCCCCAAAGAACAAAACCUGACUACUUUGUUCAAUGACGGGGAAAACAGUCAGGGACUUAAAAAUGACUUUGUUCGUAACAUCUUGUGGACCUUUGAAGAUAUCCACAUGUUAGUAGGAUCAAAUAUGCCUAUAUUUGGAGGUGGGAGAUACCCUGCUGUGAGCCUGCGUCUCAGGGAUAACAACAAACCAAUAAACGUGUUAACAGGAAUUGACUAUUGGCUAGAUAACUUAAUCUGCAAUGUCCCAGAGCUUGUGAUGUGCUUUCACGUUAAUGGAAUUGUUCAGAAAUAUGAAAUGAUCAAGACUGAAGAUAUUCCCAAUUUGGAAAACUCAAAUUUCUCUACCAAAGUGAUAAAGGAUAUUGCUCAAAAUAUCUUAUCUUUUCUGAAAUCCAAUUGUACCAAAGAAGGACAUACUUAUUGGCAAAACCCUUUUACCAUGCCCGUGGCAAUUCUUCUGUACAAAGUUGCUUGCAAUAUGAUGCUGAAGAAAAACCAGAAUAAGAAACACUAUGGCACUAUCAGAACUUUGCUCCUUAAUUGUCUGAAGUUGCUGGACAAUGGCAGACAUCCUCAAGUAAGAAUUGCAUUUUCCUGUAGCUUAAU